UUUUCUCAUUCAUAACAAAAAAAAAAAAAAAAAAAAGGGUGCAGCCAAAUUAAGCCGCCGCCGCCGAUGACCGGAGCUCCGCCGUUAUAUUCGGUAGUUUUGGUAGUUUGUUUGUUGGUGUUAGCCAGCGCUGGUGAUUUGAACCAGGAGUUGGAGAUCACGUGGGGCGGCGAUCAGGCCAAGCUUCUCAACGGCGGGAAGGUGCUGACGCUGUCGCUUGACAAAAGCUCCGGCUCCGGCUUCCAGUCGAGGAAUCAAUAUUUGUUUGGGAAAAUUGACAUGCAGAUUAAACUCGUCCCCGGAAACUCUGCCGGCACCGUCACGGCGUAUUACCUACGUUCAGAAGAUUCAAAAUGGGAUGAGCUAGAUUUUGAGUUUUUGGGAAACCUUAGUGGUGAGCCAUAUAUUGUUCAUACAAACAUCUUCACUCAAGGCAAAGGGGAUAGAGAGCAACAAUUUUAUCUAUGGUUUGAUCCAACGGCUGAUUUUCACACUUAUUCCUUUCUAUGGAAUCCACAAACUAUCAUAUUCUACGUAGAUGGAACUCCCAUACGUGAGUUCAAGAACAAAGAAUCCAAAGGCAUUCCAUUCCCCAAAAGGCAGCCCAUGAGGCUUCAAUCAAGUCUAUGGAAUGCCGACGACUGGGCGACAAGAGGAGGCCGAGUGAAGACCGAUUGGACUCAAGCUCCUUUCACUGCCGCCUACCGAAACUUCGACGCUGAUCAAGCCUGCAUUUGGUCUGCCUCAGGCUCCUCCUCUUGCGGCGGCGGCUCAUCAAAAGACGAUUCUUGGCUGUCCCAACAGUUGGACUCGGCCGGCAGCCAAAGGCUCAAGUGGGUGCAAAGAAACUACAUGGUUUAUAAUUAUUGCUCUGAUUCCAAGAGGUUUCCUCAUGGGCUUCCCCUUGAGUGCACUGUUUGAUGUUUUGUUGAAUAUGAAUAAGUAAGCUUUAAGCCUUGAGUUUUAUAAUCAUUUUAGUUUGGGCUUUAUAGUUACGUUUUUAGGACAUGUUUUUUUGAGUAUCUAUUUAUUUAU